UUAGAUAUCGUUCGACCAGCCAUGUUGUCGACACGCGAAAUUGGGAUGCUGUUUUUGCGGGUUGGAGCACUUUCUGGUGCUACUGCUGUCGCACUUGGUGCUUAUGGUGCACAUGCAUUCAAGACGAAUACACAAGACGAACACAAAAAACAUGUGUUUGAUACAGCGAACCGAUAUCAUUUCUUACAUAGUAUGGUUUUGUUAGCUGUUCCACUUGUCAGGAAACCAUUAAUAGCUGGCAGUUUGUUGAGUCUUGGAUUGUUGAUGUUUUCUGGAUCGUGUUAUGUCUACGCAAUACAUGAUGUUGAUAGUAUAAGAAAAGUAACUCCAUUUGGGGGCACUCUUCUCAUAGCGGGAUGGAUAGCUAUGGCACUGUAAAAUAGUGUUCAUUAUUAUGAAAAAAAUACAGAGUCAGAUUUUAUCAUUCUGUGUCACUCUGUUUAAUGUCAAAAAUAUGUAGAAUCAGCAACAUGUUAUACUGAGUCACAUGAAGGCCUGAAUUUGUUUUAUAUGAAAUUUUUAAAUGGUGAUUGAAUAAAACUUGACCAAACACAAACCCAAUUCGGAUGAAUACCACCCAUAUAGAACUCCACUGCGGUCAGUUAACCUUUAACCUCUCCUUCGACACUUGCUCGCUUUUGAAAUUUAUGAUGUUCUGUUCCAAAUCAAAAUGGUAUCAGUUUUUGAAUUCUUUUUAAUUUAUUUCAGCAAAUGAAUCCAAGUUUCUCAGCAAAUGAAAGCAUUUUGAAUUGAAUGAAGUGUGAGGAUCUUUCAGAAUAAAUGUUUUAUGAAUAUUUAUAUAUUCAUGAA